ACGGAGAAAUAAGGAGGCAGCCAGAGAUGGAAAGGCGGCGUAAUUAAACUCUGGAAAACUGGACAGGCUAAAUGAAUGAAGGAGGAAAAGAAAAAUUGAGUUAGAGGCAAAAGAGGGGGAGGUGGAGGGGGGGGGAAGGAGAGAGAGCAAGUGAGAGAUCUGGGAGAUUAAAACAAACAAGCCAUCAUCCAUCCUGCCCUUCCGUCGUUGCUCGGCUCCACUUAAAGGUCGGCAUGCUUUUCUUCCUCGGGUGUUGUCGGAAGGUAAAGGAACGGCGGCAACAGAGCGGGGAGGGGGAGGGAAGGAACAAAAAAAAAAAUGGUUGGAGAUUUAUCUGUCCAGGCGAGAAAGAGUGGCAGCGGCGACGGCGCUUCAAAAUUCUCCAUCAUCGCCACAGCGACCGGUCACCUGGCAACCGGGUACACAAUGGCUGCCGUAGCCUUGGCAACAGCUUGGUCUCCGUCGGAUGCGGCGAGACGGGGCUGGAGAGGCAGGUGGACAGAUGGAGUGAUAUGGAGAGAAGUGUGAGAUGGAGCGACGGAGGAAGAGGAGGAGGAGGGGGCAGGUGUAAACCGAGCGGAUCACACCUCAACAGGUGCAGCCGGUCGGCCCAAAUGUGAGCAGGGACAUGAUGAGAAAUGCAACAAGCGACCGAACGGGAGGAGAGACCGCCACGACGCAGGGAGGACAUGUUUUUAUGUAUGACAUGUUUGUGUGAGAGGGUUUAAAUGAAAGGCAAGAGCUGGCUCCCCUUUUUUCCGUUUUCCUUUUGUGCACACCUCGACUUUUUCUUCUAUGGCUUUAUUCCGGUUGGAGAUGAUCUCCCAGCCAGUCCGCAUUUACAUAUGGAGCCCACAUGGGCCGUAAAAUGGGCUCCAUAUGGGAUUGUCCACAGGUUAGAUAAUGGCCCCAUUUUGAAGGCCUUUAUAGGCUUAAUGUAGGAAAACCGGGUAGAAGAGGGAGGCAUGGAUGUGUUGAGCAAUUUGAACUGGUUUUAAUGCCCAUUAGAGACCAGGUAAAACUUCCAUAAGGUGCUUAACUGGUUUUGCUGAUAUGGGUUUAUUUAUGAAACCCAAGUGGGGCCCAUAAACGUAGCCCAGGGCUACUUAGCACUCAUUAAGCCUGCUCAAAAUCUUAAAAGGACCCACACUCAGAUCAUUUAGAGAGAUUUAAAGUGUACUUGAAGUGGAGUUCUACGGAGUUCCUAUCAGCUGUCAGUAUCUUAAAUGCAGCAGCAGGUGCUCAGUGGUUUCAGUUUACAUAAAGAGGUAAAAGUUCAGCAUGGAGAGUUUAAUAUUCGACUGGUUUCAUGCAUCUACCAGAAACAUGCAUGUUAGCAUGAGAUUUGUUUAUCAGAGAAUAGUCUGUUAAAGUGGACUCCGGACUAUUUGUGGUUCAGUAUUCGUAAAAUCACCUAUUUGUGGAUUUUUCUGUUGAACUUAACUCCAAAUUAUUCAUGGAAAUUUCACAUUUUCGCUGAUUUUUUUUUUUUUUUUUUUGCAGCACAUAGCUGAAAUAUUCAACAGGAAAAUGCAACUUGGAGAGCUGAAAUACAGAGGUGCAAUGUGACCUGAGAGGAAGAUGGCAACUUGUUACAUUUACUUGACAGCUCUUGAGAGCGUCGGACUGAGAAGCAGCACUGGUGAUGAGCUCAGCAGAUGCACAGCCCCACCAGGUGUUUGCUGACUGCUGCUGCCGCUAGUCUGGAGGAGCUGGUUGCGUCAGAGGGGAGCUCUGUGAGACACAGCUCUCAGGAGGUACUUUGUGGCAAAUGGCUGCCAGGAGAGAUGAAAAAAUCAAAACAACACUCCAGGCCCGCCAUGCUGCUCAGACUCGCUGUUUGCCUCCUGGUUUCUCUGCGCGUCCUCCUGGUGCAGAGCGGCGCCGCUACAUCGUCAAAGAGCCCCGCCGCCUCAGUGAGCCCCUCUCCUCCUCCUCUUGUGAACGACCCGAGCUGGCCUCUGGGCGUGCGCCUCUACCAGGCCCUGCGCUCUGACCCCGGCUCUGUGAACACGCUCUUCUCCCCUCUCCUCUUGGCGUCCUCGCUUGAAGCGCUGUCCGAAGGCUCGGCGGGCAAAACUGCCGAGCAGAUUCGAGAACUUCUCAAGCCUUCGUCCGGGUCCAAAGAGGCGGUCGGGGACCUUCUCUCCGUGGCGUUGAAGAGCUUCGUUAAAGCUAACGGGACUAGCUUCCAGGUCCACACAUCCUCUGGGGUGUUCACCAAGCAGGCUGCCGUCGGUCAGGCUUUCGCGAAGAAGAUCCAGAGCAGGUUCAGGCUGCAGCACUGGACGCUGGGGAAGGGGGACGCCAAGGCUGACCUGAGGCAGCUGCGUGAGUGGGCUGAGGCUGCGCUCGGUGGGAAGGAAGGGGCUCCUCUGGAGGCAGAAAUCAAGGCUAAAGCCGGAGCCAUGGUCCUGACAAACGCUCUUCACUUCAAAGGGCUGUGGUAGAGGGAGCUGAGCGAGGAGAACGCCGAUCGCCGCACCUUCUUGGGGAAGAAAUACACCAAAGUGACUAUGAUGCACAGAUCAGGUCGGUAUCGCUUCCAUGAAGACGUUGACAACAUGGUGCAGGUUCUGGAGGUGCCUCUGUGGGGAGGCAGGGCCAGCCUUGUGCUCCUGCUGCCCUUUCAUGUGGAAAAUCUGGCCAGGCUGGACAAGCUGCUGACCCCAGCACUGCUGUCAAAGUGGCUGGAGAGAACCGCCGUUACCAGAGUGGCCCUCUCUCUGCCCAAGGCAAACAUCAGCAGCUCACUCUGUCUGCAGAAACAGCUGACUUCUCUGGGUUUGAGCGACGCCUGGGACCAGAAGGCGGCCGACUUCUCCGGGAUGUCCGACAAGAGCAAAGGGAAGCUUCACCUCGGUGGCGCCCUCCACUGGGCCUCCUUAGAGCUCGGUCCCACAGCUGGCAAAGAGGACGCAGAUCUAGAGGAGGAGAACACGGAGCGACCCAAGCUGUUCUACGCCGACCAUCCGUUCAUCAUCUUUGUUCGAGACGACACCACCGGAGCCCUGCUGCUGAUGGGCGCUUUGGACAGCGUCGAGGGAGAGCUCCUGCAUGAUGAAUUGUAGCAUCCCUUUCUACUUCCUGUCUUUUCUCGUUUCCUCCACCGGUCCCUCUCUGAGACAGCUUGCUGGUUUCUGAGUGCAGACAUUGUCAUUCACCGCGCCGCUCUUUCACAUCGCGCUGUCAUCCGCUGACACCGCCAUAGUCUUUUGGCUGACUGGCACUGACACCGCCGUAUCCGACAUUUACACUGUCACACACUCAGAGCUACACCUACACUGCAUGUAUAAAUGAUAACUCUGUACAAGACAUUACUGAAGUUGACGGAUGCAGGAUAAACCUCCAACUCAAGAGAAAAUCGAAGGCAUCUCUUUGCCAAAAUCUGCCCCCCCACGCAGAAACCUUCAGAGACUGAUCAAGUCAACAGACGCGACAAACAAGACCACAGCAGCAAAGAGCCGCCAUGCUGACACACAGAGGAGCGCUUAAAGAGACACAGCAUUCGAACAGAAGCCCUCUUUGUCCAGAAAACACCAGGACAGGAUGAGGAGUGACACCGCGGCUGCUCUGGGCUGCCGGAGACCCGGGGCAGCGUCCUCUGAGGGUCAACAGGGGAAGAUUGAUGGUCCACCCAAGUGCUUAUUGAUGAGCCAGAUAAUGCUAAUGACCAUAAUGCGUUGGAGAGUGUGUCAACAACAUGGAAAGGAUGGGCAAACCUUUUAAUCUCUUAAAUCCAUCGCUGAUCCAUGAUGCCAUUUUAUCACUUGAAUCGAACUUGACUGACGUCGCUCGGCCUAAAUGUAACAAAGCCACGUUAAUUGAUUUCAAGAGGUCAGUGAGUUAUUGACGGAUGCAAUUUUUUAAGAAUAAAUAAUCUAAAAUCAAUAAUGAUGUUGUGAUUUUAGUCUUUAUGGUUGAAUCACUUUGUACUCAGAAGUGGGAAUUCCUCAUAGCAAGUAGGAAAAAAUAAACAGAACAGCUCCUGAAAGUUGGAAUUCAGAAAUGAAAAGUCGAUCAAACCCAAAGUAGCUGCGGUGUUGUUCAGGUGCGUAGAAGUGAACGCAACAGUUGGAUUAGGAACAGGUCCAAUCGGACUCUAGAGUGGCUUGUUCCUUGAUGCAACACAGUUGCACAGCUAGCAGGCGUGUGCUGCAAGCUUUGAGCCAUAUGCCUUCCUGUUCCCAGAUUUGAGUUGCAUUGUGGGAUGCCGUACAAUAAAUAUAUUCUCAAAAUGGUUUGGUGUACCACUCAGAUGCUGUGGAGAAACGUACAAAUGAAUAAAAACAAAUGAAUGACUAAAUUCUGCGUGUU